CUGUGAUUGAGAGCCGUCGCUCCCGCCCUCAGUCCCCUCCCCUACUGGAAGCCCCCGCCUGGGCGUCCGCGCCCCCGUCCCCGGCCGAGAGUCCGCCGUUGGUUGGAGGCCAGUGGCUGACCUUUGCGCACCACGGAUCGAUUUUCCAGGUGCGGAGUUCACUCUCGCCGCGAUUGCUUCCUUUGGGAUCUGCGGCACUCGGCAGCCAGGCUCAGAGUCCGAGGAGGGGCGGCGCAGAGCGGACCCGUUGCGGCGCCACCCGGCACCUUCCCUGCAGGCGUUGGGCGAGCUCUGGGAGCUGCGUCUGCGGCCGGGUUCUGCACCGCUCACCUGCCCUUCCGCUCCAGCACACGCCUGAGAUCCCAGGACCGCGUCGGAGCGCACUGGCGCGAGGUGGCCGAGACCGUGGACCAGGACUGGCUUCGCUCUGGCGCCGGCACGGCCGAGGACACUGAGGCACCAGCGGGGCCGGUAGCUCCAGGGCAGGCACUGCCAGCCCCCGAGGGAGUGGGUGAGAGUCCGAGGCCCACUCUUCCCGCGUCCGCAGGUCGGGAGGACGGCGGCGCGCAACGUUGAAACACCCUUGUGGCUAGGGCAGCACGUUGCCCAGUCCCAAAUGAACGGGCGGUGCCCGGACCCCUCCUUGCAUUAGAGCCGCGCCGACGCCCUCACGCCCAGCGCCUCGUCUCCCCGUGGUUUUACACUAAGCUCUCCUCCGCCGACCUGGUGACCUUUGGCUCUGAGCCGGAUCAGAGAAUUCCGUAUCCGCGCGGGAGGAUGCCUGAGCAGGAGAGACACAUCACAGCCAGAGAAGGGGCCAGUCGGAAAAUAAAAUUUGAUGCUGGGACUCUCCUUCUUAGCACACACCGACUGAUUUGGAGAGAUCAGAAAAAUCAUGAGUGCUGCAUGGCCAUUCUUCUUUCCCAAAUUGUGUUCAUUGAAGAACAGGCGGCUGGAAUUGGGAAGAGUGGCAAAAUAGUGGUUCAUCUUCACCCAGCUCCUCCUAACAAAGAACCUGGCCCAUUCCAGAGUAGUAAGAACUCCUAUAUCAAACUGUCCUUCAAAGAACAUGGCCAGAUUGAGUUUUACAGGCGUUUAUCAGAGGAAAUGACACAGAGAAGAUGGGAGAAUAUGCCAGUUUCCCAGUCACUACAAACAAAUAGAGGACCCCAGCCAGGAAGAAUAAGGGCUGUAGGAAUUGUAGGUAUUGAAAGGAAGCUGGAAGAAAAAAGAAAAGAAACUGACAAAAACAUUUCUGAGGCCUUUGAAGACCUCAGCAAACUAAUGAUCAAGGCUAAGGAAAUGGUGGAGUUAUCAAAAUCAAUUGCUAAUAAAAUUAAAGACAAACAAGGUGACAUCACAGAAGAUGAGACCAUCAGGUUUAAAUCCUACUUACUGAGCAUGGGAAUAGCUAACCCAGUUACGAGAGAAACCUACGGCUCAGGCACACAGUACCACAUGCAGCUGGCCAAACAGCUGGCUGGAAUAUUGCAGGCGCCUUUAGAGGAACGAGGGGGAAUAAUGUCACUCACAGAGGUGUACUGCUUAGUAAACCGAGCUCGAGGAAUGGAAUUGCUCUCACCCGAAGAUUUAGUGAAUGCAUGCAAAAUGCUGGAAGCACUGAAAUUACCUCUCAGGCUCCGUGUGUUUGACAGUGGCGUCAUGGUGAUUGAGCUUCAGUCUCACAAGGAAGAGGAAAUGGUGGCCUCAGCCCUGGAGACAGUUUCGUCAAAGGGAUCCCUAACGUCAGAAGAGUCUGCUAAGCUCGUGGGAAUGUCUGUCCUCCUGGCCAAAGAAAGGUUGCUGCUUGCAGAGAAGAUGGGCCAUCUUUGCCGUGAUGACUCAGUGGAAGGCCUGCGUUUUUACCCAAAUUUAUUUAUGACACAGAGCUAAGGGUUUUGUAUUUAAAAUCCUUUGUGUCAUAUGCUUGCGUCAUGUAGAGGUUGUAUGACAUUGAGCUAAGAGAUGAACCCUGAUCAACUGAGAAUUUAUUCGAACUUCACAGUGUAAUGUAAAACUCUUGUAAUUUCUCACUAAAUAUGGUCCAGGAAAUUUAUUUAGGAUACACAUAGGAAAGUACAGAAAAGUGAAUGCCAACAUGACUUUAAAAUCAUGCUAUAGUUUUAAAAUCAUGCCUAAGUUUAAUUGAAAUAUAGUGCAUUUUAACUUGAUCCUCAAAUCUAAUUAUUUUGUAAAGAAGGGAAUUUAGUUUUGCAGAGAAUAAAAAGAGAAGUUGCAUGUUCGAACAGGUUAGAUGAUUAUUUGGGUGUGACUGAAAUUCACCAAAUUAUACAUGACAAUGUUGGGACAAAAUAUCAUACUGCAGCAUGCUAUAGGAGGCUUCUGCCAAGGGCUUUUAGAAGGAGUCAUAGGCAUGUCUUUAACAUACCAAAUAAAACACCUUUAAAAAUGAAAGAAUUUUAUUUGAGAUAUAUAUAUAUAUGUAUUCCAUCGUAUGUGUGUGUGUAUGUGUAUAUAUAUAUAUAUACCAUCAUGUGUGUGUGUGUGUGUAUAUAUAUAUAUAUUCCAUCUAGGGUAUAUGUAAACACACAUACACAUAUUCCAUCUAGAGUAUGACUAUAUAUAUAUAUAUAUAUAUAUAUAGACACACACACACACACACACACCCCCAUACACAUAUAUAUUCCAUCUAGUCUCUUUUUGUUUUUUUAAGUGAUGAUUUCAUGGCUGGCAUUUAAAGAACGCAACUGUGUCAUUUUGUUUCCAAAUGCUAUGGGUUUUGAAACUGCACUAGAAAGCUAUAUAGACAUGCCCAGAGUUAUGAUUACAAAUUUAGGAGGUAGACAGCUCAGGAAUUCCCUGGGUUGUUGUGCCGGUGGAAUGGCAGAGGGAACCUUUAAAUAACUUCACAGGAACCUUAGUGCUCUUUUACCUCAAAGCCACAGACAGAAAAUAGAGAAUGGAAAAGUAAUGUCUCCUUUUCUUUUCCAUCAGGAGUUUCAACACUGAACUUUAAAAAGUCUCUCUCAUAUUCCCGCAAUAUUUUUUUUCUUUGUCGUUUUUCAGUUGUAUAGAAAAACUAUUUUGGUACCAGGUGUUACUGAGAUAACAACUGGCUAAUACUGCAUGCAGAUUGCUUAAAUGUUAAAGUGACUGCCUAACUUCACAUGUUACUGCUCUAUAGCCUCCAGUAUUUUGGCAUUAUCUCAAACUCAGGGACCCCACAGGACAGGAGACUCCGUUCUGAAGCUGGGUUGGAAGUGAAAGGGUAGUGAUGGUUUUGGCCAAGCCUGCGGGAGGGAAAGUAUUGUAUUGGGAGCACCCUUGGGACCAGGAGGAGGGAUGCCCAGGUUCACACUCUGGGUCCCCUAAGACAUUGCCAGUGGGUAAUGUGGAGGGCCACCUCCAGAGCCUGCUGAAGUGCCCUCUGGGAAGUACCAUGGACCUUCAGCUGUAGACCGAGGGGAUCCCAGUCCCUUAUCCCUGUUUAAAAAGUGGCUAUUGCUCCUUGGUGUCCUUCAGUGUCACAGGAAUACUGUGCCUGAGACAUCCUACUUAGUUUUUGUUUUCCAAACCUGUCACUGCUCUUCAAUUGUGUGACAGAUCCUUUGGUUCCCCCAUUGGUCAGCCUCAGAUUUAUUUUGAGGGUAACUCAGUGUCUGACUGCCCAAGUCUUUUGAGGGGUUAGUUGGACCAUUGUGUAAACUUGUUUGUGUGUCUCACCUCUUUCUGGGUGGUACUCACUGUCUCACAGUGCUUUGGCAAACUUGUACACUCUCUAUCUCUCUCUCUCUCUCUCUCUCUCUCUCUCUCUCACCUGACUAAGGCUUUUAAAAUUAUAAAGAUAAAUAAUCUCUUUCACCAGUUGGAGUGAGUUGCAAGGAAGAUUGCUGGAGCUAUUAGAUCUAGCUCUCAUGGUUUGGAUUCAUUAAAGCAAACCUACAUAAUUUAACAUAUUUGUUUACUUUAGUUUGACAACUGAUGAACAAAAAUGGAGCAAUCUCAAUUGUAUAAAGUGACCUAAGAAGGAAGACAAGUGACAUAUAAAUAUAUUUUACAAAUGUCAGAUUAAUUUAAAAUUGAGUAUGAUUGGUUUUAUUAUUUUUAAAGUGGGCAUUCUUCACUCUUUCUAGACCUUUGUAUGUAUUUGUGUAUUUUUAUCUUUUUUUUUGGCCAUUAUUAUAAGGUGUUAUUUUGGCCCUCUAAUGUAGAAGUUAUGUUUAAAUAUAACCAAUCAGGCCCUAAGUACAAAAAAAGUUCUGUCUUGGUGCUUAUCAUCACUGGCUUAAUUGUUAUUUUUUUGUUUUCCUAACUUUGCUCUUAGGAGCAUGAAUCUCUUUGUAGCUUUAUGGUAAUGCAAUAUUUCUAGUCGUUUACUGUGAAAAAACUUUUUUACAUUGUAUUGGUGAAAUUAUUGUAGGGUUAAAUGAUUGGUAAUAAUGUAUAUAGAGUAAAAUUAUUACAAAAAUUAAAAAUGGUUUCUCUUGGCAUUCCUUUUUAAUACUCUGAAAAAUAUAUGAAAAUGAUAAACAGUCACACGAAAGCCAGUUAUGUUAAGAACUUUUCCUUUGGAUUUUAUACUCAGGAGUUGCUUAUAAAUAUUUAUGACAUUGAGCUCUUACUGUUUUAAUUGUCUUAAAAGAAUGGGACAUGUCUUGAACUGGUUUGGUUUUUAAAAAAUUCUUAUGUGAAUUCCACUGUUGCUGACCAUGUAUAUUCAUAUGAAUGUACUCUUUCUUGUUCCUUGUUAUCAGAUUAAUCUGAGAGAACGUGGAUCAUCCUGUCAUCAUUCUCAUGCUCAAAUACUUAAAAUGGUUCUUUUGCCCAAAAGUCUCAGGGUCUUCAUUUUGGUACAGUGGAGUCACAACUUGUAAGGUGGUUAGGUUUUACAGGCCUUGCCUAAGGACUAAAUCGAGCAUGCGCAAAAUGGUCCUUGAAAAUCUCCUAAGUUACCAAUAAAGUUCUCUUUGUAGUCUUAAAGUUUAAAUUCCAUCAGAGUUAUAUGUAGGUAUGAACACAUUUUGCUUAUAUUAAGUACAAAAAUACAAACUGUGUGUCAAGAGUAGAUUCUUAUAGCAUUAAUUUAUGGGCAUGUGUCCUUUUUCUAAGAGGUAUGGUUGAAUUUACACAAAUUGAUUGCUAAUCCCAUCCCUUACGGUCUAGAGUUUCAGCUGCACAAGGGCAGUGGUUUUUAGCUGGUUUGUUCAUAGAUAUAUCCUCAGAGCCUGGAACAGGGCCUGGCACACAGUAAGCAUUCAAUAAAUAUUUACUGAAUGAAUGAA